AAAUAUAUCUGUAAAUCAAGCAAAGCAAAGUACGAGGUUGGAGAUGACGGUGCCACCAGCCACUCCCCUACUGCCGCCGCCGUCGCCGCCACAACCAGGCGGGUGCUCAUUGUCGGCGCGACGGGUUUCAUCGGUCAGUUCUUAGCGGAGGCCAGCCUUGGCGCCGGCCACCCCACCUUUCUGCUCGUACGUGAGGAACCCCUCGUCCCUCCCAAGGCCGACCUCGUGAAAGCCUUCCAUAAGAAAGGGGCCACCAUCGUUCAUGGAUCGAUUAAAGAGAAGGAAGUGAUGGAGAAGAUAUUGAAAGAGAAUGAAAUAGAGAUUGUCAUAUCGGUGGUCGGAGGCGCGGCUAUUCUUGAUCAGCUCAGCCUUGUGGAGGCCAUCAAAUCUGUCAAAACUAUUAAGAGAUUUUUGCCCUCGGAGUUUGGGCAUGACGUGGACCGGGCGGAUCCGGUGGAACCGGGGCUCCAAAUGUAUGAACAGAAGCGGAAGGUGAGGAGGAUGGUGGAACAGGCAGGAAUCCCGUACACUUACAUUUGCUGCAAUUCUAUUGCCUCAUGGCCAUAUUACGAUAACUGUCAUCCUGCCAAUCACCCGCCACCGUUGGAUCUUUUGCACAUCUACGGUGAUGGCACCGUCAAAGCUUACUUUGUUGAUGGAGCGGAUAUUGGAAAAUUCAGCAUUAAGGCCGCCGAUGAUGUCAGAACCCUGAACAAGAAUGUCCAUUUUCGACCACCAAACAAUUUCUAUUGCACCAACGAGCUUGCUUCUUUGUGGGAAUCUAAAGUUGGACGUAAAAUCCCCAGAGUCACAGUCUCUGAAGAUGAUCUUCUUGCUGUUGCUGCAGAGAAUCGUAUCCCCAGGAGUGUCGUAGCAUCCUUCACCCAUGACAUCUUCAUCAAAGGUUGUCAACUGAACUUCCCCACAGAGGGACCUCACGACGUCGACAUUGGAAAUCUCUACCCUGAUGAGACUUUCAGGAGCUUGGAGGAUUGCUACGACGAUUUCGCCCGGAUGAUCCCAGACAAGAUUCAUUCGGAGAGAAGUCGGAGCCGGCCUCGCUCAUGAUCUGAUUAUGGCCUUAAUUAGAUCUUGCAGGAGCCACAAAUUCAUCAGAAGCACAGCUAUCUUUACUACUUUAUGUUAUUAAUAAGACUAUGUUACGUAUGUAUGGACUUGGUGUCUUAUAUAUCCUGCAGUAAGCCCAAUAAAUUCGUAAUAACAUGUCACCGACAGCUGCUGUAUAUUCGUACUGUACUGGAGCUGAUCUACGUACCAGAAUAUCACUAUCUUUUUCCUUUUUUGCCAAUGAA